CGUGAAGCGCACUUCUGUGUUCUCGCUGAGAACUGCGAUGAGCCUAUGUACGUGAAACUUGUGGAAGCCCUCUGCAAUGAGCACAACAUCCCACUCAUCAAAGUCGCCGACAAGAAGAUCAUUGGCGAAUGGUGUGGACUUUGCAAGUAUGACAAAGAAGGGAAAGCACGCAAGGUUGUCGGAUGCUCAUGCGCUGUAGUCAAAGACUACGGAAAUGAGGAGCAAGGCAAACAAGUUUUGCAGCAGUACUUUGACUCAAAGAAGUGA